AUGAAAUACGUCAUCGUCGGCGGAGGAAUCGCCGGUGUUUCAUGCGCAAAUGAGAUUAUCGGCUUGGAAAGAUGUCCCAAACUGGAAGUCGUGUUGGUUUCAGGGUCAAGCUCUGUGAAGUCAGUUGAGAAUUACCGGAAAAUCGGCCAGUACGGAGAGAAGUUUGAUGUGAAAGAGGCAGAUUCUUCUGAGAUUUUUCCGGAUAAACGGUUCAAAUUUUUACAUGCCACAGUUACAAAUUGGGAUGCCCAGAAGAAACAAAUCACACUGCAAAACGGAGAAACGCUGAAAUACGAUAAACUCUGCAUUGCGACAGGUUCCAGACCGAAACUUCAAGACGAGCUAGGUUCCGAUUCGAGAUUUCUGUUCUUGAGAGAUACACAAAGCGCAAGAGAGCUACAAAAUCAACUAGGCAAUGCUAAGCAUCUUCUGAUCGUUGGCAACGGAGGCAUCGCUACUGAGCUAAUCUAUGAGCUCAAAAACGUCUUCGUGACGUGGCUGGUGAGAGACGCGUGGAUUUGUGCUUCGUUUUUUCCAGACGACGUUGAGAAAUUUGUCGAGGAUCGUUUGUUAACAGGCAGAUCGGGUGGAAAGAAGCACGACGGCGUACAGAAGCAUCUUCAAUAUUCCACGUCAUCUAUGAAUGCUGAGAAGAGUUCUGAGAAACUCCAAGGACCAGCGCUAGGACCGGAUUGGUGCUCUGGCAUUGAUUUUGGCGUGGAAGCUUCUGGAAAUUCUGGGAAACGAUCAGUAAAAAUUCUGCGUAAUUCUGUCAUUGGGAACAUUGAAACAUCUGAAGAGCUCGUUGUGGAAUAUCUUGAUAGGAGUACUGGGGUUAAAAAUUCGCUGAAACCGGAUCUGAUCAUUUGGGCGGGAGGAGUCGUGGCAAAUUCGGAAGUUUGGAGGGAGGAGCGAUCGCUAGAAACUGCUCAUAAUGGUGGAAUAGCUGUCAACGAUGCUUGUGAAACUUCGAUUCCCGAUGUCUAUGGCUGUGGAGAUGUCUCGAUGCUAACUCUUCCUGAAUCCUCUCUUUGGAAACAACGGCAACUCUGGACACAAGCGCGUCAGUUGGGAGAAGUAUGUGGUCGAGCGAUGGCAGCAGGCGCUGAGGAGGCUCGAAUGCAGAAUAUGUACUUUGAGCUCUUCUCACACUGCACAACGGGGGAAGUGGAAAAGAAGGAAGGGGCGUAUACGAAAAUUCUCGGAUAG